CUUGUCACAGGAUUAUGUCUAUAAAAGGUCAAUCAUGACCAGCAGCAGAUAGAAUGAAUUCAAGCAUCAGCAUUGACUCGUUGACUUUUCUUUCCUGAUCAUACGUGAUUGUGGAGGUCUGAUAUCUCAUCCACUAUUAUUAUCUCUGUUACCUCUCCUCUCUCCGCUGAUUGAAAAAACAGCCGAGCAAACCGUCUUCUGCGGAAAUUUGAUAAGCCUGACACAUACAAGUCACGACCCCUACCGAGAUUGACUACUCAAAGAAACCAGUGGAAAAAAAUGGAAGAAAUCGGUCCCAUCCUUGAUCAACUUCGCAAGUUGGAGGAUCCUGCAGGGGGAGAUUGUAUGAUUGAUUCAAACUCAAGCACUUUGGACGAUGUGAUUUUCAUCAGAUCAAACACUCUGGACGAAUGGAAUGGCAAAAGGGCAAGCCAGAAUAUCGAGCCCCAUAGUAUCCUAGCUCAUGGAGGCCGAAUUUCUGCUGACAUCAGAACAAUCCAAAUGUUCAAGUCCAUCGAGUCGUCCAACACUGAGCGCGUGAUUGCCUGGAUCGAAGCUUUUGAAAAAUAUUAUGGAGUCCCAUUCGGCUUGAUAGAAAGAUGUAUCUUUUAUACACCUCAGCAGAUACUACGGGUCAUGGAUAGGCGCGCUAGCGUUCAUGCCAUGAAAGUUUGGAACAAGCCCUGCAACAAAGAACGCGGACAGAGAAUAGUGGACAAUUGCAAUGCGGCUAUCCAAAUGUGGAAAGAAGAUGCCAAAAGCAUGCUUGUACUUGGCUCAUCGGCAAGGGCCUUGCUGGACAAGAUUGAUGAGGAUUGGUGCGUAGGGUUUUCCCUUACUGACCAUUCCGACGAUGUCUAGAUUGAGAUGUUGUUUUUUGCUCGGUUGGUAUGGGGAUGAGUCACGGGAUUGAUCUUCUCAAAUCUCAGACGGAAGAUGUGAAGGCUGAAAUGAUCUUGACAUUGAGAUGGAAGAUCGUGGGAGUGAGGCCAAGGUCCAGAGUGAGCCCGGAGAAGUUAUUACUGCAUCCAUGUAAGACCUCUUUAGGCUGGUAGAGACGGUUUAGAUGAAUAAAAACGCAUUCUUGCUUAGAUUCAAAAAU